UUAUCUUUUUGACCCCUCUCUCCCGACCGAACAUACCAAUGGCUUCCCUACGAUCAGCAGUAACACGGUUUGUUCGACCUCAAAUCAGCAAAGCACGACAAUUUUCGACAAGCACGAUUGUGCGCAACAGCGACGAUGCCAAGGCUGAAGCUGCUGCACAACGUAGGAUUGCUGUUACAUUUCUCUUCAAAAUUCCCAGCGAGAAACACGAUCGUGCCUUUUUUUUGUUGAUAGUAGUUUCAAUAUUUAUAUAGGUGCUGAGCGUACCAUGAAGCGAUUCUGGAAAAACGCAUGGGUUAAAGAAGAAGCAGACAGUUGUACGGUUAUGCUCGACAAACGAAACCUUCGUACACCUAACGGGCGUCAUGUCGUCACGUUCCCGACAAAGCAGCGUGCUUUAGCUUACCUGACAGCAGCCGAAUGGGAAGCCCAAACUGAAAACCUUAAAUCACACUCUUUGCCUUUGACAUCCAUCAUCGCUCGUGGAUUCGAUGCUUUGGAUCCUUCUCGUGCUGAAGAUCCUACUGUUCGAGGACAGGUUAUUGACAAGUUGAUGACUUAUUUUGAUACAGACGCGACAUGUUAUCACGAGGAGUUCCCUGAAGCUUUAACAACUCUUCAAGACGCGCAUUGGAAGCCAUUGAUUGCAUGGGCAAGCGAAACAUACAAUGUACAAAUCAACACGACAACCGGUAUUUUUGCAGUCAAGCAGCCCGCCGAAACACGCGACAAGCUGCGGGCGGUGGUAGAGCAAAUGGGUCCUUUGGAAUUGGCAGCAUUAGAAAAGGCUAUCAUGAGCUCCAAAAGUUUUUUGAUUGGCCUGGCUGUGGUCAAGGGUGGAUUAACGGUGGAACAGGGUGCGCAGGCCGCACACGUAGAAAUGAAUGCCCAAAUUGAUCGUUGGGGUGAAGUUGAAGACAGCCACGAUGUCGAGCGCGAAUAUAUUAGACAGACCCUGGGCUCUGUAGCUGCUGUGGUUAUGGAUAAACGCGUGUAACUUGCUUUUAUUUGCCAUAUUACUUUAAUAUUACACUUUUGCUUUUGAACACAAAAUGUCAAUCACGUCCGACAUGGAUAUCACACCAAUAACCCUUCCCGAGUCUUCACUUUGCUUGAUCCA